AUGAGCAAGUCAAAAACCGUUAUCACCGGACCCAGAAUAUAUGAUCCCAUUGAUGAACUCAUUUUCGAGCCAAGCUUGCCAGGUAUCAGCUACUCCUUUGAUGAUAAUGGAAAUUGGGAACAAGCAAUUUACCAGGUAUCCUCGAAUCCAAUACAACCUGAAUGUCCCACAGCAUCCAUAUUAUGGCAACAUGGGAAAUACACUAUGAACAAAGAUGGGUCAUUGACCUUAAAUCCUUAUCCGUCAGAUGGUAGGAAACUUUUCAGUGAUCCCUGUAAAGUUGAUGAAAGCAUUUAUAUGAGAUGCAACGAGAUUGAAAAAAUCACCAAAUUCGUUAUUGAAUGGGAUGGUUAUAAUGGAAAGCAUAAGUUGCAAUUGUUUGGCUUCGAUGGAAGUAAAAAACAACCUCUAUGGCUAGAAUACUACCCCCCUGUGAUGUUGCCUACUCAAGUUUUGAAUCCCACCAAUGAAAAAGAGAAAUAUUCAUUAUCCAAGAUUAACAGAAAGUUGAAAAGAAGUAUCGAAAAUCGUUCUAAUACCACCCUACUCAGAGAAAAAGACAUUUUUGAUGUUGUUGCCUUCCAUUUUCUUAGUAUCACUGCUUUAGUAGGAAUCGCUAUGGGAUUAUUCAUCCUCGUCAAAACUAUGAGGCCAAAGCCAAAUUUAAGAACGAUGACAAUGAUGUAG